AUGAGUAGCAUUGCUGAAGCCGAAGGCAAUGUUGAGGCAAGUGCAGGUGCCAGCGACCUCAAGCGUGAUAGUCGUAAGUUUUGCUCUCGAGGCACUCGACCAUCUAAGCGGAAUCGCGUGAACGAUACACCUGAGAGUAAUCCUGCAGUUUCUGCAAAAGACUACACAGUGGGUUGGGUAUGUGCUCUCCCGUUGGAAACGGCGGCUGCGAAAGGAAUGCUUGACCAGGUUCACCCCAAUCUUCCACAACAGAACUCCGCCGGUCACAACAAUUAUAUCUUAGGCCAGGUUGGGCCGCACAAAGUUGUUAUCGCCUGCCUACCUGUAGGCAUCUUUGGGACGACGACUGCUGCUGCAGUCGCCAAGGACUUGAUGCAGACCUUUCAGUCAAUUCGCUUUAGUCUAAUGGUGGGCAUCGGCGGUGGUGUCCCAUCAUCAACUCAUGAUAUUCGACUUGGAGAUGUCGUAGUUGGUCGACCCACCGGAGUGUAUGGACCCUUGAGGUCCAUGGAUCUAUCGCUUCUUACGUGUCCUUCUGCCCAGAUGCAACUGGUACUCACCUGGUGCCAUUUAAAGACAGUGUUGCCCGACAGCAAGCUCUUAGGAAUCGUAUAUUAUGACGGUACAGCCAAGCUCUUCGAUUCAAAGACCGGCAAACAGGAACAGGUGCUCAUAAAGGAUGUCAACUUGUUUCGGACUGUUGCUUAUUCACGCGACGCCAAUUUUGUAGCUCUUGUAGCAUUAGAGUCGUUGAACACCAUCAAGCUUCACAAUGCGUCAACUUUCUCAUACAUGAAUACCCUCGAGGGGCAUACUGGCGCUGUUCAAGGCAUUGGCUUUUCACCCAACAAUAAGAUCUUGGCAUCAUGGGGCGAGGACAUGACAGUCAAACUCUGGGACACACAGACAGGCGUGGUUCAGUCCUUACUUGAACCCGGUCCUCAAUGGACCCUUACGCUCGUAUUUCCGCCCGAUAGUCAGGUCGUGGCCAUCCCAAUGAAGGACGGUAUAGAUUGGUGGGAUUUAGGCACUGGCAUUCGCCGACAAACAUCGGGAAUGAGAGAGCCUCCUGGACUUAUUGCUUUCUCAUCGAAUGACGCAGGCUUCAUCAGGGACAUCUCUUUCUUCCAUCACGAAGUUGUCGUCUCUGUGUCUGAUCACGAUCUGCAUAGUCUCUGCGACGUCUGGAACAGAAAUAUUUGGAACGAAGCAGUUUGGAACAAAGCAGUCAUUUUUGAAGAAUUAUACUUACCCGAUCACAGCUACACAGGAGAUAACUACACUGGAGGCUACUCUACGUCGUGA